AUGUUUAAUACAACUAGCAACAAUAACAAUAAUAACAUAAAUACCACCGCAAUUGGCGGUAAUUUGUUUGGUAAUUCUGGUUUGAACACAUCGACUCCACAAUCCACACCAGUUCCAAGAACUAAUGUGUUUGGACAGCAGCAGCAACAACCACCCACAACUGUUAAGCCUACUAAUACGCUAUUCGGUAAUAAUGGUAUUGGGGCAGCUUCCACACCUAGUCCUGUCACUAAUAACUUAUUUGGUACCAAUAAACCAUCCACUGGUCUGCUUAACAAUCCUACAACUAAUACAGGUACUAAUACCACAAAUGGUACUUCGUUGUUUGGGAAUUCUUCAAAAACAAUGACUGCAAAUAUUGCUCCGGUAGAUAAUAAGCCUCAAAUAAAAACUGGGACUACAGGUUUAUUUGGAUCUGCAACUAUGAACCCUUCCACUAAUAAAAAUGGUGGGCUUUUUAAUAAUGGAAACACGCAGACCAAUUCUUCGUUUACCAAUAAACCCACAACAACCAAUUCUAAUUCGUUAUUUGGUAAUAAUUCAUCAGCCACCUCAGCGCCCAUUUCUUUAUUCGGUAACACAAAUAGUAAUAACACUGCUACAGGUAAUGGGAAUUUUGGGGCCUUAAACAACAGUGGGUCUCAAAUGUCAAAUACCAUCCCGAAUGCUUCUUCUAAUCCAUACGGUUUGAAGAUAGAAGAAGUGUUGAUUACAAAGAUGCCUGCAUCAAUUACAAGUUCAUUGAAUAACAAUACUUCAGACGUAAUUAAUAAUCAAAAAACGGUUUUCAAUAUUAGAUCGAAAAAUCCCACAAGCUUAAAAAGAAAUUCAUUUCAAAGUUCCACUUUUAAUGAAAGUAGCUUAAUUAGCAAAUUGGGCUCUAGACUACUUAAUGGUAAAUCAACAGAUUCUAUAAGAGGCUUGUUUUCUGCGUCAUCGUCAUUAACAAGCGGCACUGCUAAUUUUUUAUCGAACUUUGGUAGCUUUGAUAAAAAUACUCUAGAUAAUCAGCAAAAUAAUAAUGGUAUCACCAAGAAUAAUAAAAAGCUAGCACAAAAUCACAUUUUUUUUACUAAUGGUGUUAUAGCUAAAAAAGAUCUAUCUGGUAUUCGUAAAUUAAAAAUUGACCCUAAAAGAAUUGCUUUGAAAAGACAAAGAUUGGCUAAUGGACUAAGUUCGACUAGUAAAUUUGGAUCUAUUGAAGAUGAUAAUGUCAACAACGGCGAAUCGAGUAUUCAUAAUCCUAAAGAUAAUCGUAAACCAGACUCAAAUUAUAGAGUUUUCGGUAGUCAUGAAUUGAAGGAAGAUUUGAAUGUUGAAUCAAGUGGUGAAUCGAGCAACGAAGAGAGCAGUAGUUCUAGCAAAUCCUCUGCCAAACCUGCUGAUUCCUCUGAUAUUGAUUAUUGGUGUUCGCCUUCAAUUGAGGCAUUAUCUGAAAUGUCUGAAAAGGAAUUGAGUCUUGUUCCUGACUUUGUUAUUGGUAGAAAGGGCUAUGGUUGUAUUGCAUUCAGUUAUGAUGUCGAUUUAUCAAACUUUAAAGAAGAUUUUAAGGGUAAGCUUUUUGGAAAUAUUGUUGUUUUCAAUGAUAACAGAACUGUUGAAGUGUAUCCAGACGAAAAAACAAAACCGACAGUUGGUAAUGGCAUUAAUGUGCCCGCAAUAAUAACUUUGGAAAAAAUUUACCCAAUUGAUGUCAAAACGAAAAAACCUAUAAAAAACGGUUCCAAUAUUCCUGGAAUUCAAAAUUUUGUGAAAAAAUUGAAAAAUCAGCGUGGUAUGGAAUUUAUUUCUUAUAAUCCAUUUGGUGGUGUGUGGAUAUUUAAAGUAAAACAUUUUAGUAUUUACGGUUUGGUUGAUGAUAAUUCUGUUGCCGUUGAUCUUGACGGUGUGGAAGUUUCGGAUGAAAUUAAAAAUAGAAAUAUUGCAUACCCUAAAAUGCGAGCUGAUGAAUAUUCAGAUGUUGAUUUGCCGGGCGCAUUUGAAAGAACAACUAGUAAUAAGCAGCAAUCUAAUACCAGUAGUGCUUUGAACAUCAAUUCGACGGAUAUAGUCUUGUCUACCCCCAAAAUUCCAGGGAAGCUUUUAGAUUUAGUCCAAAAUGAGGACAUUGUUGUUGAAAGAGAUUAUGAGCCCUCUGAUGUUGAUGAAUCUGAUUUUGAUGACUUAGAAGUACAACCCGACUUAGACACUGCUGAUGACUGGGUUGAACAAUUGGCACUUGCUGGUACUUCGAAAAAAUCUAUUUUUGCUGAUCAAAGGUUUUUUUUUGAUAAAAAUGCAGAUUUGGAUAACUUAUUGUUUGCUUCGUUUAAUAGAAACGUGGAAGAAUAUCAGAAAAUUAUUAAGGAGCGUAGAUUGGUGCGUUGGAAUUUCGCUUCGUUUAACCAAGACUCUACUCUUUUGAUCAAAUCUGUUAAUGGUAUUGGUGCCAAAAUUGUUACUUGCCCUGCUAUUAAAGGUGGUAAAGACCCCAAAACGUUGGUAAAUAUUUUCACUCAAAUUAUUCCGAGAGUUAAUUUUGAAACAAGAAAUGACACACAUGGGUUUCCUAUAGUUUCCAAGGAUAUUGGCUUUAAUUUUCAGAAUUUAUACGAUGCCAAUAGUGAAGAUUCCAAGUGGAAUUUAUUACACAUAUUAUUUGACAAAAUGAAUAAGCCGCAAAAUUAUGAAAAUGAAAAUGUUUGUCAAUCUUUGAUGAAGAAACAGAAAUUGAACAGGUUAAUUGAAUGGGUUAAUAUGGAAAUUAGUGAGGAGAUAAGUUUAAAGCUGUCCACUUAUAGCAGCAAAAGUGACAAUGCCGAUCAAUUAUAUAAAAUCAUAUUACAUUUAGUUAACAAUGACAUUGUUGAAGCAACUUCGUUGGCUAUUUAUUCCAAUAAUCCGCACUUGUCGUGUGUUAUACCAAUGUUAACUUCUAAUAACAAUGCGUUUAAGAAAAUGGCCAAGUUGCAAUUAUCUAAAUGGAAGUCUUUAGGUUGUUCUGUUGAUCCACAGAUUACUUGUAUUUUUAAAAUUUUGAGUGGUGACUUUGUCUAUUUGAGUGACUUGAGUUGGCUUGCCAAUUUUGCUUUGCAUUUGAAUUAUUGUGAUAUUUAUAGGAGUUCUAUCAGUGAUGUUGUUGCUGAUUUCUUUUGCCAUUUUAAAAUUCAUGAUGUCAAUAAUCAGGUGGAUAAAAGCGUUGUGGCUAGUAUUUUGAAAUUUUAUACCGCUAGUACUGGUGAAGCCAGUAAAUACAAUGAGUUGUUAAAAGCUUUAAAAUUUAGCGAAUCGCCUUUGGAUUGUGUUUUGACCUGGUUUUUGAUUCAAAUUUUGAGUGCCAAACAUAAGAAACUUCAAAUUGAUUAUAAUAUAAAGGAUAUUGCAUCAUUAAACUUUAUAGAACAAUUAAAAUGUAAUGGGCUAUGGGAGGAAAGUAUGUAUGUCGCAACAUUUAUUGAGAACAAUUUUGUUGCCACUAAACAAUUCAAAAAUCUACUUACGCUAGAAAUUAAGCGUUUUCAAGAUAAUAUCCCAUUUUUGAAAAAGUUGAAAAUACCUGAAAGUGAACUUUAUUACCAUUUGAGUUUAAGUUUUAAAAAUAGUUUUGAUUCUUACAAUGAGAGUUUAUGUUUAAUUAAAGCUGGCAAGUAUAAAGAGGGGAUUGCUGUAAUUACUAAGAUAUUGGGUCCCAAGUGUAUUUUAUCUUCAGAUGAUAAAGAACAUUCGAAAGUUUUGGAUUUGAUUGAAACAUUUCCCAAAAAUAUUCGUGAUAGUGAUUGGGAUAGAUCAAUUGGAUUAUACAAAAGAUAUUUACGUUUAUUGUUAUUAAAGGACAGUGGAAAAGAUAAUUUAGAGACCAUUAUGGACCUAUUACCUUUAUAUUAUGAAAACACUAAAUGCAUUCAAUAUUGUUAUGUUUCAUGCAUGGAGAUGUCGUUUAAAGUUUCUUUAGAAUAUAUUGAAAGGUUCAUUCAAGGGGAGAGCGCCGAUAGAAGACAAGACUUGAUGAACAAGAUUUUAAAUUUGCCGUUGGGAGAACCAGAAGCAAACCAUUUAAAACGUCUAUUAAAGUGA